UGUGCAUUGGCGGGCGUGGUGAAGCUGCGUCCAGGGGCGGUGAGGAUCUCGGUGAGAUGACAUCACUACCACCCUCCAUCACCACGACAGACUCGUGCUCCUCAGCCGGCGACGGUGGCAGUCCGGACAUCCCGCGAAGGAAGCGGUCUUCCAAACCUCGCACGCGCGCUCGCAGUCCCACCCAGCUGGUUCGACUACGCCGAAUGAGGCGUGCCAAGGCGAACGACCGCGAGCGCAACCGCAUGCACAUGCUGAACCACGCGCUGGAGAAGCUACGCACCGUGCUGCCCGCCUUCCCUGAGGAGACGCGACUAACCAAGAUUGAGACACUCCGGUUCGCCAACAGUUACAUCGUGGCACUGGCUCGUACUCUGGAAUCCGCCAGUGGUGGUGGUGGCGGUGAUGACGGUGGCGCCGGAGGAGGAAUCCGUGACGCGGAUGGCAGUGUGCUGCUCGCGGUGGGUAACGUGACUGUGCGCCUGGGACGGGACGGAAACACCGUGAGUGCCCAACCGGCGGCAGUGAUGUCGGAUGCUGGAAUGUUUGGAGGUCCGACCACGCCGGUCCCAGUGAAAACAGAGCCCAGCUACUCCCCUCAGAAUGGUCUGUACCCAUUGUACGAGCCUCAGACAUCCGCGGCGGCGUAUGCGGGUCACGUGACCGCCGCGGGCGGUUUCGGGUCAUGGCCGGCGGCGAUGGACUUUGGACGGUCAGCCAAUCAUCAGGCUGUGUUUGACGGUGGCCACGCCCACUCGCUGAUGCCUACCACGUGCUAUGCGGGCGAUGGGCACCUUCAGCCGGACUAUGGGUGUGGGUUCAUGUUGUGAUUGUCACGUGGUGUCUGCAAAGUGUCUUGUCUGGGGCUGAGAGUCAACAUUCGAGCGCGUCAUAUGCCUUGAGCCGUUAAAGGAAGCAGUCUUGCCAAUUUAGUCAAUUACUUUUGUUGUAAACCGAAGAGGGUUGUUAGUUUUUAUACGUUUUUAUCGGGUUUAGGAGCUGAAUACUGGAUAGUAGAAAGUAGGUACAUGUUUUAUAACCUCGCAAAGAGUGACACUAUGUCAUGCCACUUUUAAGAUGAUUGUGAGAAGUUCACACGUGUUUGCUUUUAUUUGAAGUUUCUAUGCGUUGAUUUCCGUUCGAUAAAUAUCCAGAAAAUAUGCAUUCACUGAAAAUCUUAGAAGGCGUAAACACCUGCGUUGACAAUCAGGGGAGUUAAGAAUGGCGGUUUAACCGCAAAUGAAAGAAAGCAUCGUUUUAUCAUGCUCUACAUACAAUGAAGAUUAGAUGCGUAUUUUCUAUGUGUGGGUACUUUUGCCAAGCAAUUGUGCAUCUCAAAGGCUUCGCACAAUCAAAACACAAAUCAUGCAAGUGUUUAUUUUGUAUAUAGCAGUAUGCAUUUUGUUUUCAAUACAACGGUGAUUUGAAA